CUUCCGGUGUCAUGGCUCCCCGGCCUGAUCUCAGAGCUGCGAGUCCCUCAGUUCGCCAGCCCGCCUUCUGGGACUUAUUCCAGCUGCGGACUACGUGGGAAGGACUCGGGGACACCGGGAAGCCGCGCAAUGGUGAUGGUGCGGGACGGAAGCCGGGGAAGGGAUGGGGUCGGGCUGAGGUCUGAGAGGAGGCGGCCGGAACCGGCUCUGGGAGCCGCAGCCUCCCGCCGAGCUCCGGACCCCGAGGUCCUCCGGGCUCUGGGGCUUUUGCCACUGUUCCCUCGGCGGGGUCCGGGUCACCGCCGUGUCCCGUGAGUCGGUCCCCACCGUGACACUGCCCGCCCACGGUGCCGUCCGGUGUGGCCCAGCAGCGCCUCAGCGGUGUGGGGAGAGCAGGAAUGAACUCAGGAAUUUGGCUCUGAGCUACCUGUCACCCGGUUCUUUUUUAAUUUUUGAGCUCUGAAGUUUCUCAGUUGCGCAGCCUAGGGAAGGCUUAAGAUGUUGUGUCCCACUCCUUCACCGCUGAGAAAACACGCAUGUGACUUUUGUCAGGGGAAGUUCGGGGUUUUCUAGUCACUAUGAUUUACUGAGAUUUAGUCGCUGGAAAGAGGAAAGAUCAGUGAGGUUGGUGGUGCACAGCUUUCAUCCCCGCUGCUUGACAGCCUGAGACAGGAACCUUGCAACCUCAGGCUCAGCCUGCACAGUGCAGGAAAGCCCUGUUUUAAUACUGAGUAAAUGAACUUUCUUCCAGGCUAGCAUGCGUGAGGUUGUGAGUUAAACCUGUAGUACAAAAAAAAAAAAAAAAAAAAAAAAAAAAAAAAAAAACCGAACUCUGAUUCACAUAAAUCUUACAAUUUUGUAAGUUACUUGCUUCUCUCACUAGUACAGUACCUGCUCACGAUGGUGGGCAGCAGUCACGGGUCAGUGCUCUGUCAGCAACUGGACACUCCAGGUGACUUACCAGUGAAUACCAUACCAUGCAUUGUAUUCCAUAAUGUUCGUGAGAUAUUUAGUAUUUUAUUACGAAUUUAUGUACAUGUAUGUAAAUUUCCCCAAAUACAGAUCAAAGGAUGUGCUUUGAGUAGCUGGAUACAAGCUUGACAAUGUAGUUUAAUUAACUGAUUGUAUUGUAUGCAUUUUCGUUACAUUUUCUUUUCAUCUUCCUUUGGGUUGAUCACAAUAUUUUGCUUUGAAAACUCAAGCAACAUCUAUAGAUUUAUUUGUUGAACUCUGUGUAAAAUCAUUUGUAGAGCAUGACAUUCAUCAGAUGGGUUUAUCUUCACAUAAAAUGUAUUGUUUUUCUGUGAUGCCUUUGAAAACUCUUUGUUGGCUAUUUGGAAAGGCUUUAUCUUACUGAACAUUUUUCAUCACACUUGUUCAGUGUUCUAGAAACCUCGCUUGCAUUUUGGUCUUUCGCCAUAUUUGGAAAAUUGGGAUAAUUUCUAUAACUAUGCUGAUAAUUCUUCUAACUUUUCUUUACCUCUGAUUCGCGCUGAUUGGUCUUCUCAGUGUUGCCUGGUAGCUGCUGGAUUGUUUUUACUUGUUCUUUCAUAUUUUAGUGGCUUCCUUGAGACUUUCUUCUUAAUUUGCUGUUUUCUCCUCUGAUGCUGACAUUAAGUUAUUUCGUUCAGUUUAACACGAGCGUGGAAAAGCUCCCCAUAAUCACGCUGCUGGGGAGCAGGUUCUUCCUUCUAGUUCAUCUCUCAGACUUCAUCUAACUCCCGCCAGCCUUGGCUCAGAUGUGUUUCAGAUGCUCUUUGCGGCUUCACGGUGACAUCACCAAGCAGUGUUACUGGUCAAAACUCUUCAGAAUUUUGAAGCAGUUGCCAAUUGAGAGUAUUAGAGUAUUUUUAAUAUGCUGAUAAGAUUGUCGUUUCUUCCCCCCCAAGCUGUUACCAAAAGGACUGUAGAGAAGCUUGUAUUUCGGCCAUUUCCCUCGCUGAGUCCUCAGAUUCUGAUUUCCAGUUGAUGCUAGGCGUUUUGUAGGAGUUAAUUUUGAUGCCUGAACUGAACCAGCUGUGGCAGGACUUGGGUCUCUAUCAGCUGUGGUGUCUUUGUUCCUACAUGGCCACUGCUGAAGCUACAAGCUUGGUCCUUCCUGGCCCUCAGGCUGAGGAUGUGCCAGCGUCCAGGACCUCAUUAGUCUGUGCUAUCCCAGGAAGGUGAUUUCAACAUAGCCAGAGUUGUAACUUAGGUCAUCAGGGCCUGCAGCCACGCUUCUCUGCAAAAUGUACAGUGACAUCACAGGUGGCAGAAAGAUUUCUGACUCAUCUGUGUGGACCUGUGACAUUCUGGGUGUCCUGUGAUUUUUCUCCCACAAUAGCCUUGGUGUGGUGGUUUGGAUCUCAAAUGUCCCCCAGAUGUCUCUUACGUGUUUUGAUUGUGGGGCCACACGCUCAGCAGUGCACUCAUCCAUUGAUGUGCUCAGCAGAGUGUGCUGUGAGGAUCUGGGCCUGGAUGGAAGUGGGCCACUCGCGUGUGACGGGGAAAAGUGUGUCCUGGCCUCCUCCUUCUCCCUCUUCUCUCUGCUUCCUGGCACCUUCCUUCCAUCAUGCUUUUGUCAUUCUCUGUCUGCCUUAUUCCCAGCUCAUCCUGGACAGAAAUUGUGAGCCAUAAAGUCUUCUGCUUUAUUUUGUGGGUAUGGGGUAUUUUGUCCCGGUAACAGGAAAUUGGGGGAGACACCCCUGUUGCUAAGUUUAAUCCAUGUUUGCAGUAGAGUCUCAGACCCACAAGUCGUGUCUUCGGUCCUGGUCUUCAUUGUGAUGACACUAGAGGCCUGUACUCUUACUACUUUUUCACGUGGUAAGUCAUUUUUGGUGUUAAUAAUAUGUGAGAAAAUCUGAAAAAAUAUUUACCAUUGCUGGUAAUGAGUCUCAGUGGUUAAGUGGCCUUCAAGCUAAAUUUCACGGUUAAAUUCACAACUUUGAAAACAGUAAGAAGAAAAGGAAGUCUCCCCUAGUGUGUUAGAACGCUGAGACAUGGGAGGAGAAACUACUGGUUUUUGAAGAAGAAAUGCAGUAAUCCUCCAAAUGACAGCUCUCUAAAGGGCUGCACGUUCCCAGCAGCGACGCUCUGUUUGAACUGUACCUUCCUCGUGCACAUAUCCUUUGUGCGUGCAUGGAAGAGACCCGGUGUUACGUGAUCCGUACGGUCUUGAGUAGUUUGUAGAGACUGUUUACAUGAUGAAAUGCUUACUGAGUAGCUCUUCAUAAAGGAGUACGGCUGUGGGGCUCAAGCACCAUGUGUGGUCCGCCUGCAUUUAAACGUUAUGUAUAAACAGGUUUAGGUCCGGGUGGAGUACAGAAGGGGGUAGGACGUGGGAUGGGAGGAGACGGCGGAGUGUGCAAUUUCAAAUGCACUUAAAGUAGAAAAGAGUUACGUCUGAAGCUGCACUAUUUUAGUAUGACAGUAAACCAAGUCCAGUAUCAGAGAUGUCAAAACAAGAGAUUUUAGAAAUGUUAGAUUAGUAAACCUUCUGUGAAUCUGUUACCUAAGUAUACGUGAGGCGAAAUUGGAAUUGACAGGAUUGUGGCUGGGUUUGUUGUGGGUUUAAAUAAUUCGGGGAGGGGCUGGAGAUUAGCUCAGCGGCAUACGCGCCUACCUGGCAAGUGCAGGACAUGAGCUUGAUCCCAGUACCAAAGGAAAAGAAAUGAGUAAUUAGGGUGAUAGCACUGCCUGCCACUGCACGAGUCUUUCGCCUUGAAUCUGGGACGUUGACUCUCAGCUGCGUCCGCUGUUAGAAACACUUCAUGGCGGCGGCAGCAGCAGCAGUGUCAAGAUGAAGUCUCGAUGGGGAUCUCACUGCGUCUCACAUGCGGAGUCCCUCCCCUGCCAUCCUGCUUCAGCCCUGGCGGGGAUGUGAUCAUCGGGCCCUGCUCUGGUGGGAGUCUUUAAAUCACUUCUGCUUGCCGAGUCCACAAGGCUUAAGUUAAAUGCUAUCAGCUGUUCACUGCUGUUUAUAUCCAGGAUGUAAUAGCUUCCACUUGAGAAUGUUUUACAGCCAGUUAGAAAGAAAUCCUGGAAUUCUUCUGGUGGUCGAUAUCUGCACCUUUUAGAUUAGUUGUACAGUACAGUUUUUUUAAGUGAAAUUUUCCCGUUUCCGCAACUGGGAUCUUAAAACUGUCAUAUCCUUUUUUUUUUUUUUUUUUUUUUUAAAUUUUGAUCUUUUUCCUUUUUAUCGGUAUUGGGGAUCAAACUCACGACUGCCUGCUUUCAAGGCAGGUGCUUAUACCGCUGAGCUAAAUCCCCAGUUCCCAAAACUGUCAUAUCCUUUUGAUCAUCUGUCUUUAGUAUAAGUCUGUGUGAGACAGUUGUCUUCAUGUGUGUUCACCGCUCUCGGUGCCACCCUGGACACUUUUGUUUCCUGGCUGCAGGGCAGAGCUCUCAUCCCACUGCUCAGGCUGUGUCGCUUCCACCGCUGACCCGUGGGCCUUCCCAGUGCAGACCCUUGAUGCAGACUUGCAUGACACACUGUCGUGGGCUCUGGGUCCCACCUGGCCUCGGGGUGCACACUGCCGUGGGAUCCAGGCUCAGCUGGAUUCUUUGGGUCUUGAGUGUGUGAAAAUAUCUCCCACUGUCUUUUGCCUUUGACCCUGAGUGAGUAGAUAAAAUGAGCUUAUAAAAUAUUUACGGUUUAAAUCCAUUCCCUGGUAAGUCUUGAAUACAGUGAUACUUUUUAACACCAGACAGUGGACAGCUUUGGCUGGGGAAUCAGUAGUCAUAGUUCUUAGUAGCUGAACGUAAAAACUGAACAUGUGAAGCCGUGCAGAAAGACAGGAAAGGAGGCGCACAGAAACUGGCUGAAUCAAGCUUCAUUGUGGUUGCGGAUGAGGAUCUCCUAAACCUGGGAUGCAAGGAGCGCAUUUUUACCUGUAGCCUGGAAAGACAGUACAGUUACCCAAAGCUUUGCCCAAGGAGAGUGUCCUGACCUUUCUGUGUCACAGACCGAAGUCUGCCAUAGCACAGACAUUGGAGGACAUAGAACUGUAAACAGAAUCUCUGAACGAUGCUGCGCAUUAUUGACGCGUAGGCCCGCAGGUCUGCAGCUGCUGUAGACCUGAGUCCACGUAGUGCGGUGUGAAGUCAGCUGUGUGUUACAUUUUCUGACAGCAUCAGAGAAUUACAUCAUGUCAUGUCAGAUCUUGCCAGCACUUUCUAAUCUAAAUGGGUUCUUCUUAAUAUUUCGAUGUAUAUUGAUAUGCCUAACUUGCAUUAUUUACAUUUAAAGAGACCAGCAGGUUUCUUUGUGUUUAUUGUGCAUUGUUUUGAGUCUCGGUGAUUCAGAGCUAGUUCUUCAGAAUUUAGCUUUUGAUGUGAAUAGCUUAGCUGUAUCAAAUGGACAUAGUUGCAGUAAAUGUUAAGAUCAUGAGAAAUACUAAUUUUUUUCCAGUUGAUGAUCUGUUUGCCAGCAUGAUUCUGUUGUUAUUUUGCUAAAAUAUUGCAUGUUGAUUCAUGCAUCAUUUAUAAAUAGUAAGAUUCUCUCUUUUACCUCAAUGCUGAUGUUGCCAAUUUCAUUUAUUGCUGAAUAAUACCACAUGUUAAUUUAGUUCUCCUGUGACUGAAUAAUGAGACAGUGACCAAUCCUAUUUCUGGAUUUAACAUAGCGCCUAAAUAGCGCCUUCCUUCACUAACCCGGGGCUAGACCUGUGCCGCGGGUCUUUCAUCUAGGUAAGAAGUUUCAGUGAAUUUUUCUUCUGUGGAAGCCUUUAAGUAACAGUGAGUUUAAAUUGAGUUUUUUAAAGUAUGCUUCUGACAAGCUUCAAAUAAUCUGAUGAGGUUUUUCCUUGUUUAUUGUGGUGAAUUUUAUGGUAAGUUUCUCAUGCAGAUUCAUACUUCUCUUUCGUAUGUAAACUCAGCCUCCAUGAUGUAGUCCUGCGUGUACACACACAUGCACGUGUGUUAGGGUCCACUGACCCUCGAACCUGACACAGCCUAGACACCCAUUUUAUCAGUUAGCUACCUGCCAACUGGAAAAACUACUCUGUGUUGUCACCUUAUGUUUUAAUGGGUAAUGCCUUGUUGCAUAUUGAAAAUCUGCCUGCAUAGGAGUAGUGUUUCUGUAUCCCCCUUUCCUUGUAAAUACUUAACCUGUUUUGAGUUUAAUAUGAGUAAGCUGUUAACAUGUGCAGUAGGAUUUUCUGAACUUUUUUUCUUGGAUUAUGUACAUGUGAGACCGUGCCUGGCUGAGUGUAUCUUACUUUUAUGACACUCUUUAUUAGUGUUUGCUUAUAGUAUAUACCAUGAUCAUGUGGAAUUGGCAUAUAUAUUUUGCAUUUUGUUGUUUGUUUCCUUUCAGUUUUUUUGGUUGUUUGUGUGUUUGUUUGUAUCGGUGCUGGAGAUUGAACUCGCACCCUCUCUGCUGGGCAGGUGCUUGUACCAUUGAGCUGAAUCCCCAGCCAGGUAUUGCAUGUGGAGCAACAUUUCGUCUUAAGCAAUAUAUUAAUAGUUUCCAGGAAUCAUUGGAAACCUUCAGUAAGCUGAAUGUGUGGCGGGGCUUCACUGUGGUCCUGCAGUUGUUUGAUAGUUUCUUUGAUUUUCCAGCAUCCUCCUUCUUUAGUAUCUGAUUUGAAAAUUUCUGUAUGUGCAAGAAUUUAUCUAUAGGAUAAAAUUCAAUAAAUCUUAAUCCUGUUGUAUGUUUAGGUCUCUGAGUGCAUUAUGUCUUUGUUAGGCACAGUGAUUGCACCUGUAUUCACAGGAGCAGAAGGUCAGAUGACAUGACCUGCCAGGGGCACCCAGGGGCACGCUUUUAUGAACAUUUAGAAAUCCUGGGCAGUCAUAAUUAUUUUUCAUUUUCAUGCUGUUUUGCUAUUUUACCUUUCUUCUUAUAACCAUUCAGUAUGUUUUCUCAUUUUCAAUGCAUUUAAUCCUCUUUCUUUGAAUAUUGGUUGCAUAUUUUUGAAGAAGCUAAGCAUGUAUUCAUGCUGUGUAAGAGCAAUAAACAUAUUUGGCAAACUUUAGCAUUUUAGGCAAAAAUUAUUACCUAAUUCUAAAUGUCUAAAUUAAUUUCUCUAUUUGCUCUUGAAAUACUGCAUGCAUUGAUAAUGUGCUUUGUACCAAAAGCACGUGGGUGGAAUGGAACAGUAGUUCAUAGAUCAAGCACACGUUACAUGAUUAAGCUUCGGGAUUUUUUCCACCUCACAUGUAGGGAAAAAUACAUGAGGUAUACAAAGGUGGUAAGAGUUGGCUGUUUAAUCUGUAUUUUGUGAACGUUCUGAAUGUAUCUGCUGAACGGUAAGUGCAUUAGAAGAAAAAGGAAGCCUUUGUAUUUCUUUCUUUCUUUCUUUUUUUUUUUUAUGUGUGUGUGUUUUUCCUUUUUAUCGGUACUGGGGAUCGAACUCACGACUGCCUGCUUGCAAGGCAGGCGCUUAUACUGCUGAGCUAAACCUCCAGCCCCAGCCUUUGUAUUUCUGAAGUGCCAAAAUUCCCAACGUGAAUCGUCUACCUGUGUAUUGAGCUAAAUGUUUUCACAUAUACCUCUGCGCCAUUGUGCUUUCUCAUAAUUCAGUUCCAUACAACUUUAAUUUUGUGCCUGUUAUCUAGCAAAACUCGCGCAAAAUUUGCAAUGCUGACAUUGAAAUUGAAAUUCUCUCACUUUAGAUGUUUUAGAAACUGUGUUUGCAAAUGUGUAGGGCCCUUUCCCGUUCCCUACGUUUCCUAUAUAUUAGAAAGGUUAGUGUCUGAAGUGAAUAACAAUCAUAUUGAUAUAAAAUAAAUGUAAGUCAGUAUACUCUUAAGUCAUUAAGAAAAGAAAGGCUCUCAGGGAAAGCAUUUUAUAAAGCAGCCCAAUUCAAGAGCAGGUUUGCCAGAACACAGGCACGGUGUGGUGUGUAUAAUCCACUCGUCCUCCUGUCCACCAUGAGUCCAGCUGCAUGCCCCUUCCUGUUGUCAGUGUGAAUAACCCCAACUAGUUGCUGCAUUCUAGCUGGAUACAGUUCUUCACCAUGUGAAUGCUAACAGGUGUUUUCCAAAUAGAUGCUGAAAAGGCCUGUGAGGUUCAGCAAGUUGUUCAGUGGCACACAGCAAAGGUGUCCUUUGAGCUGUGCCACAGCUUAAGUUUUCACCAUUGUUUGGAUCCCAGUGGCCAAAACAGCCACACUUGGUCAGGACGAUGUCACCUGACCUCCGUGCGUCCUCUUUGGCUCCUUAGCCUUCGUGUGGCAGCUCCUGCCAGGCUCCUUGAGCUGCCCCUGCUCACGGUGCUGGGGAAUCUGCUAGUGUGGGUGCUGCCUGCCAUGAGCGCCCGCCACACACAGCCCCGCACUUACAGUCUCCCUUCCAUAUCUCUAAAAUGAUACUCCAUGUGACAGUCAAGGCUUUUCCUUGCUUAUCCAACUUAUCAAAGUUUAUCUACGUCAUCUGCCUCCUCUUCUGUGUCACAUGGUGACACAAGCUAAGCACAUGUUCUUCAGCCUUGGCCACACUCAGCUCUUCUUCGUGGUCAUAAAGUGAACUCACUGGGGACAUUUCUAUGCACUGUGUUACAUUAUGUGAACUGGCCCUGUGACAUUGAGUAGCUUGUCCUGGGGUUUUGCUAUGUUUUCAAUCCAGAUGUUCUCCCAUCACAUCAUGUGGAUAUGGUGGGAUGGUGGUGGGGUGCAUGGCUCAUGGGGUGAUCCUGGAUCAGUCCUCCCGUGGGUUUAGAGCUGGGUGUGAUGUUGGGGGCAAAGCCUGGUGGGGAGGGGGGUGUCACUGUGAGUGGUUUCGGAGGCUGUGUGUAUCAUGUCAGUCCUGCAUCGAUGGCUCACCGUUCCCAAGGCUGUGUCGUGAGCGAGCUUCCUAUGUGAAAUCCCUGUCUCAAAAGAUGCAGGCCUGGGUGUGCAGGGAGCCUGCCAACUGUGGGCAAAAUCCUCCGCUGCCUCAGGUUUAGGUGUUGAGUAUGUUGUCUCAGCAGUGAGGUAAAGUAACUAAGACAUACUGGGUUUCCGUGAGAGCCGUGAAGGCUCUCCCUUCUCGGUGGUCUGUUCAUCAUUCCCUCUGCCGAUGAAGCAGAGCCCUUCAGGGUGACUGCUGAAGCUGUGUACCUUAAAGAAGCUAGCAUGUUUGCGGCUGUAUGUGGUACAGAAAAGAUUUGUUCAUUCAGGUUUCCUUUCAUUAUCAAUGUCUGUUUAAUUUGCAAAAUGUGGUGAUCAUUAUCGGGUCCUGACCUAGAUCCCCUGUCUCCCAAAUGAGUGUAUGGUGAAGGCUUAAAUAAAAUGAGGCAAAUGGUGUGAUUUCAGGGCUCCAGGAGGCUCAAAACCUUUUAGCUGAGCUCGGGACUCUGAGGGCUAAGACAAAGAUUUUCUGGACCACCUAUAUUUAUUAGAUCCAAAACAAAAGAGCAGGGAACCUGAGGAAAGCGGGAAAUGAGCAAAACCUUGGGAGUCACUGCAAAGACUUCUCCAGGUGGUAAAUUAUGCCAAUUUAGGAGAACCACCUUAUGUCCAGGAGGACAUUUAUGGUAGGAGUGCGACGGUAGGAAUAAAAUCCCUUCAGCUGCAUCCUCUAUCUAUUAAUUAGUGUUGGAGCCAAGUGUCUGCAGCUGUGGCCUUAUCCUGCCCUUUGAGGUGUCUCUGGCCUCACAGGCCACUACAGGCCUCAGCCAGGACCAGUGAUUCACAAAGGUUCACUUACUAUGAAUUAGCUCCCACCACCCGGCAGGGGCCGAGGCCUAGGACAGACUCACAGAUAAACAUAGAAAGCCAAUUAGUAAAUUUACAUCCUGCUCAGAGCCACUUCGUAGUGGUCUCCAAAGUCAGUACAUUUCAUGUAUAUUUUAAGCAUUUCCAUCCCCCUAUUUCCCUCUCUUACACUACCUUUCAGGUCACUGAACCAUACUUACCCCAGUUUCACUGUUUUAGGCAUUCUCCAAUACAACCUGUGAUUUUUAUUAGCUUUUCAAAUUAUUCAUAAAUUUAGCCUAGAGUUCUACAAAAACUUGUCUAAUUAAUACAAGUUGAUGUUUCAGAAUACUGGCUAGCUAGACUCAAAGAAAGAAGGAAUCAAAUCCAUGAAUAAUAAGCUUAGAAAAAAGAUCCUUUCUUUGAUCCCUCAGAGCAAUUCAGCAGAUACUCACCCACCCUUUCUCACUUAGAUUCAGACCUGUAGGCUCCAGCUAUGAUCCGUGCUUUAGUAAAUUUAUAUAAGUAAACCUGGGUUUCACUAGCGGAAGAACCUCUGUUCCCAUUCCACUGCUGCUGUGGCACUGAAUUCCUGUGCAGUCUAUAGCUACCCGUGUGAGGGGCAAAUGAUGGAGAAUGAGUGUUUGGUGACCACGACGUGAAGUAAACAUUUGGAAAACUCAACCUUAUGUCAGCUUCCUAUAAGUAGAACUGAGAUGUUUCAUGUUGUAGAUCUCACUCUUGUUCCUAGAAAUCCAUGUCUGUUGAUGCAGGAGGCAGUGAGCUUUGAGGACGUGGCUCUCAUCUUCACCAGGGAGGAGUGGAUUUUGCUGGAUCCAUCCCAGAAGAAGCUCUACAGAGAUGUGAUGUGGGAAACCUUUAAGAACCUGGCAGCCCUAGGAAGAAACUCAGAUGACCUGCGCAUUGAAGAUGAGAAUAAAAAUUGCAGAAAAAUUCCCAGAAAGGAAGAGGAACAACAAACCUGUCCAUGUAAAUUAUGGUACCAACUUCAAGAAAUGCUUUCUCGGACUCCAGAUGCAACUGUGCACAUGACAGUAGCUGGAAUACAACCAGGCGAAAGCAUUUCCUUUUCCUGUAGAAGGCCCCAGGCUGGUCAUUCAUCAGGAGCUGAGCCCACUGUGGCUGACACAGCUCUCAAACCAUACGAACAGUUCAGAUUUCAAGAGAAGCUAUCUACCUGUAACAAACAUGGGAAAACUUGCACAAAACUCCGGUCCUUUCAGAGAUAUGCAAAGUCAAGUCCUGAGGAAAAUCUCCAUGAGUAUAUGCCAUGUGCAAAGUCCUUCUCUGAUUGCACUAAUGAAAGUACCGUUAAAGAGAAACCUGGUGACAGAUCAUCCAUUUUAUCCACCAGUAGUCAAACUGGGGAAAGAAGUCACAGAGAAGCGAAUAUGCAUAUAUGUGGACCACAUGAAAAACAUUUCAGUUCUCUCCACGAUACUCAGACACAUCAAAAAAACCAUUCUGGAGGAAAAACCCAUGCACAUAAACAUGAUGGAAAAUCCUACACUAAAAAUUCAUUGGGUAAUCUUGAAAGAACUCACAGUGGGGAUAAACCGUAUGUGUGUAAACAAUUUAGGAAGUCUUUAAGUAGGAAAGAUAGUUGGCAAAAACAUGAAAAUACUCACAGUGUAAAGAAACUCUAUACUUGCAAGCAUUGUGGAAAAGCUUUCACCACACGUGCUUAUUGUGAAUUACAUGAAAGAGGCCACAAUGGAGAGAGACCGUAUGUAUGCAAACAAUGUGGGAAAGCCUUUAGCACAAAAAGUUAUUGUCAAGUACAUGAAAGGAUUCACACUGCAGAAAAACUCUACGUGUGUAAGCAAUGUGGAAAAGCUUUCAUCACACGCAGUCAUAUUCGUGUACAUGAAAGGAUUCACACUGGGGAGAAACCCUAUGCCUGCAAGCAAUGUGGGAAAGCUUUUGGCAGAAAAGACAGUUGUCAGAACCAUGAAAGGAUUCACACUGCAGAAAAACCCUUUAUAUGUAAGCAAUGUGGGAAGGCUUUUAGCAGAAAAGAUGGUUUGCAAAUACAUGAAAGGACUCACACUGGGGAGAAACCCCAUGUUUGUAAGCAAUGUGGAAAAGCUUUCAGCACAUACAGUCAUAUUAGAGUACAUGAAAGAACUCACACUACAGAGAAACCGUAUAUCUGUAAGCAAUGUGGGAAAGGUUUUAGCAGAAAAAAUUAUUGUCAAGUACAUGAAAGGACUCACACUGCAAACAAACCCUAUGUAUGUAAGCAAUGUGGGAAGGCUUUCAGCUCACGUACUUACUGUGAAAUACAUGAAAGAUAUCAUACUGGGGAGAAACCCUAUGUAUGUAAGCAAUGUGGGAAGGCUUUUAUCACAUACAGUCUUAUUCGAGUACACGAAAGGACUCACACUGGGGAGAAACCCUACAUAUGUAAGCAAUGUGGGAAAGCUUUCAGCAGAAAAGAUAGUUGGCAAAACCAUGAAAAGAGUCACACUGCAGAGAAUACCUAUAUAUGUAAGCAAUGUGGGAAAGCUUUCAACAGAAAAGAUAGUUGGCAAAACCAUGAAAGGGGUCACGCUGUGAAAAAACUCUAUGUAUGUAAGUACUGUGGGAAAGCUUUCAGUAUACGUGCUGAAUGUGAAAUACAUAAAAGAAGUCACACUGCUGAGAAACCCUAUAUAUGUAAGGAGUGUGGGAAAGCCUUUAGCACAAAAAGUUAUUGUCAAGUUCAUGAAAAGAGUCACAGUGCAGAGAAAGCCUAUACAUGUAAGCAGUGUGGAAAAGGUUUCAGCACACGUGCUUAUUGUGAAAAACAUGAAAGGUAUCACAGUGGGGAGAAACCUUACAUAUGUAAGCAAUGCGGGAAAGCUUUUAGCACAAAAUAUUAUUGUAAAGUACAUGAAAAAUUUCACACUGCAGAGAAACCCUAUGUAUGUAAGCAAUGUGGGAAAGCUUUUGUCACGUACAGUUAUAUUCGUAUACAUGAAAGGACUCACACUGGGGAGAAACCCUAUGUAUGUAAGCAGUGUGGGAAAGCUUUUAGCACAAAUAAGGAUUGUAAAGUACAUGAAAGGAUUCACACUGGUGAGAAACCUUAUGAAUGUAAGCAAUGUGGGAAAGCUUUCAAUACAAAGAAGGAUUGUAAUACACAUGAAAGGAUUCACACUGGUGAAAAACCCUAUGAAUGUAAGCAAUGUGGAAAAGCUUUCAGUGCUUCCAGUUGUCUUAGAGCACAUGAAAGGACUCACUCUGACGAGAAACCCUUUGUAUGUAAGCAAUGUGGGAAAGCUUUCAACACACUAGAUAGUUGGCGAAUACAUAAACAGACUCACUCUCGUGAGAGACCCUAUGUAUGUAAGCAAUGUGGAAAAGCUUUCAGCAGAAAAGAUAGAUGGAAAAAUCAUGAAGGGACUCAUUCUGCAGAAAAACCCUAUGUGUGUGUGCACUGCGGGAAAGCUUUCAGCCGAAAAGAUAAUUGGCAGAAACAUAAGAAGACUCACUAUAGUGAAAGCGGGUUAAUGUAAGCAGUGUGGAAAAUCUUUCAGCCAUUGCUUAUUGGGAAAUGCAUGAACAAAAUUAUGCUGGGUAAAAACUUCGCUAGCAAUGUGGGAAAACUUUAGGCCAAGAAGGUAUUCUAAACUACAUUAAUGGAUUCACACUGGGGAGAAACCCUAAGAAUGUAAACAAUGUGGGAAAGCUAGCAAAAUACAUUACUGCCCAGUACAUGAAGACUCACUGCAGAGAAAUCCUAUGUGUGUAAGCUAUACAGAAAGCCUAGUACAUACAGUCAUAGUCUAGUACAUAACAGAACUCACACUGGGGAAAAUCCCUAUGUCAUAAACUGGGGAAGUUUUUAGUAUAAAACAUCAUAGGAAAAUACAUAAAGGGACUCAAACUGGAGAAACCCAGCAUGUGUAGACAUUGUGGAAAAGCUUUCAGCACGCAAUGUUUUUCCAAGACAGGACAGACACACGUCAAAUGCUGUGUAUGUAAGCAAUGUGAGAAUGCAGUCAGUACACAGAGGGAUUUUUCAAAUACCUGAAAAAUUCCUCUUGGGAGAAAGACUGUAAACAAGCAAAAGGCUUCUCUUCAGUAAGAAACAGACAUUCAAAAGGGAGAAUAAAAUCUGAGCAUAGAAAGUGAUUUAUACUGACAUGCAUUGGAUGGGGUAGAACCUUUUCCUGUAAACAGUAAAGCCUGUUUAGUCCAACUUGUAUCACUAAGUACAUGAAAAAUUUCAUAGUGAAAAGGCUCAGAACAAGUGUGAGCUAUGUAGGAAUUUUUUUUAUCAACAGAGAAAAUAUGAAAGAAUUGAAAAGACAUUACUUAUGUUCUUCCAUUCCAAUAGCCUUGAAAUACAUGAAAGAACUUCCACUAAAGGGAAACCCUGGGUGAGCAACAUGAGAAUUCAUCAAUACCAGUAACGUCAAAACCUACAUAUUUAGGAGAGUUAGUAGAAAUACAGAAUGUGAGGAAUCUUCAUUACUACAAGAUGUUUUUUAAACCUGGCGUGGCGUGGCAGAGAAGUUCAUAGGAUGCCCAUUAUGUGGGAACACUGUACUUGUUUUGGUUUAAUCUAUGGGGCGAGUAGCUGCAGCAGUGUCACCAAACGUUCAGGUAACUGACGUAUACCCGUCAGGGUUGCAUUGCGUCUACAGUGAGUGUUGUGUCUACUGCUGGACGUACAAUGGUUCAGCUAUAAUUCUCCUAAUCCUUUGAUCACUUUCUACGUAGUUUAAACCUGAAAAUAAAUUAUAUAAAAGAUACCAGUUAUUUCUCUGGAAAAUACACAUAAGGAGGAGAUAUUCUAAAGUAUAAACACUGUAAACUCAGUCCUAAAGUACAUUUCUGGAUUAAAUAACUUGAAGUUAUUUUAAAAGUGUAUGUUUAAACGUCUAUGUUGUAUUCACAUAAUUCUCUUUAUAAGCAGCAGCACAGGAGAUUAGUAUUUUUUUUUCUUCAAGUAGGUGAUAGUUGUCUUCAUUUUGUGCUGUUAGAGCUACAGGUUAAGUGACUUCUGUUUCUGUACAUGCCAAUAUGUUGCUUAUUUUGUGGGGCUUUUUGUUUCCUUUUGCUCUUAGUAACUGUGCUGUAACAUGACUAAAGCUGAAUUUGCCUCAACUGUUGUCAUUGUCCUCCUAGUUUGUAUUUAAACUUUGCUGCACACCGGGCACUGUUUUAGUAUCUUUCAAUGGAUAUCAUAGAUUAUAACUUUAAUACUAAUAACUUCUGUACAUGUUUUUAAGAGUUCAUCUGUUUCAAACAAUGUGUAAAUCAGCAAUGUUUUUAAAUGUAAGUACAUGAUUACAAAUCAUAGGCAGUGUAUAUAUAGAUAUCAUGUGUCUACAAAAUGAGUUGCUUUUGUCAUUCAAUUUUACUUUUUAGGCUCAUAUUGGUGUGAUUUAUUUUUGAAUUAAUUAUUCAAUAUACCAUCCAAAGAAUCUCUAUUUUUAUGAGUCCCCCACUGCCAGAGACCAGCAGGACCAUGUAUUUUCUCGAUGAAGGCACAAUGUAUUAUAAUGAGAGCCUCUCCACAUUCCUUAAUGAUGAUAUGAUUUGUCUGCAAAAACAUCUCAGGAAUUUUGACCAUACUGAUGUUUGCUUUGAUAGGAUGGUUUCUGUUUUUUAUAAUUAACCAGAUGCUUCGCUCUUUUUCUGAUGCCACAAAUAUCACUUGUAGUUUGGAAAUAAUUUUUAACCUGGGAAGCUCAAAUCAGUUAUUAAAAGAGAAAUUGAGUAA